AGUCCCAAAAAUACGAUGACGUCACAAGAAGGGGCUGUGGAUACCGAACUUCCGUAUUCAGUCUUCAAACUUCGCUUCUCCCUAAAGUUAGGCGCCUGUGCUGCUCAGCGCUGGGCUUGGAUCUCUGACAUGGAGGAUAUAUUGUCAUUCUGGGACGUGGUCAUUUAUUUCUCUGCUGAGGAGUGGGAAUGCCUGGGCCCUGCUCAAUGGAAAUUGUACAGGGAUGUAAUGUUGGAGAAUUACAACAACCUUGUGUUCCUGGGUCUUGCCUCCUAUAAGCCAUACCUGGUCACAUUUCUGGAGCAAAGACAAGGGCCUUCAGAUGUGAAGAGACAAACAGCAGCUGUCAUGCAAGCAGGGAAAACGUGCUAUACAUGCAAAGAAUGUGGAAAAGGAUUUGAUUGGAAAUCAAAAUUUAGUAAGCAUCAGAGAAUUCAUUUAAGAGUGAAACCCUACAAGUGUGAAGAAUGUGAGAAGGCCUUCCGAGUUCCAUCAUUGCUAAGGGAACACAAGAGAAUUCAUACAGGAGAGAAACCAUACAAGUGUGAAGUAUGUGCUAAGGCCUUCCAUGGUCCAUCAUUACUUAAUAAACACAAGAGAAUUCAUACAAGGGAGAAACCCUUCAAUUGUCAAGUAGAUAGUAAGACCUUUCAUUUUUCAACAGUACUUUCUGAAUACAAGAAAAUUUAUAUAGUACAGAAACCAUACAAGUGUGAAGUAUGUGACAAGGCCUUCCGUUUUCCGUCAUUGCUUUCUGAACACAAGAGAAUUCAUACUGGAGAAAAACCUUACAGGUGUGAAGUGUGUAGCAAGGCCUUCCAUGCUCCAUCAUUGCUUUCUGUACAUAGGAGAAUCCACACAGGAGAGAAACCCUAUAGGUGUGAAGAGUGUGGCAAGGCCUUCCGUGUUCCAUCAGUACUUUGUAAACACAAAAUAAUUCAUACUGGAGAAAAACCCUACAAGUGUGAAGUAUGUGACAAGGCCUUCUGUGCUCCAUCACUACUUUCAGUACACAAGAAAAUUCACACAGGAGUGAAACCCUACAAGUGUGAAGAAUGUGGGAAGGCCUUCCAUUAUCCUUCAAUACUUUCUAAACACAAGAGAAUUCAUACAGGAGAGAAACCAUACAAGUGUGAAAUAUGCGGAAACACCUUCCGCUUUCCAUCAUUACUUUCUGUACACAAGAGAAUUCAUACAGGAGAAAAACCCUAUAGGUGUGAAGAGUGUGGCAAGGAUUUCCAUUGUCCAUCAUUACUUGCCAAACACAAGAGAAUUCAUACAGGAGAGAAACCCUACAAGUGUGAAGUGUGUGGCAAGGUCUUCAGUACUUCAUCAGUACUUUCUGUACAUAGGAGAAUUCAUACGGGAGAAAAACCCUACAGUUGUGAAGUAUGUGGCAAAGCCUUCCGUUGUCCAUCAUUGCUUUCUAAACACAAGAGAAUUCAUACAGGAGAGAAACACUACACAUGUAAAGUAUGUGGUCUGGUCUUCUAUUGUCCAUCAUCACUUUCUGAACACAAAAGAAGUCAUACAGGUGAGAAACCCUACAAUUGCGAAGUAUGUGGUGAGGCUUUUAGGACUUCCCGGAUUCUUUCUGCUCACUUAAUAACCCACUCUGGAGAGAAACCCUACAAGUGUGAGGAGUGUGGAAAAGCCUUCUCUACAAAAUCAUACUUAAGUCAGCACAAAUUAACUCACAAUGUAGAGAACCCUUACAAAUGUAAAGAGUGUGGCAAAGUGCUCAACAAUACGAAAAACUUCAAGGAUCAUCAAAGAAUUCAUUCUGGAGAGAAACCCUACAGGUGUAAAGAAUGUGGCAAAGAUUUUAGAAGUUCUACAGCACGUUCUAAACACCGGAUAAUCCAUACUGGAGAGAAACGUUACAAGUGUGAAGAAUGUGGUAAAAGCUAUUACCAGUCUUCUGGUCUUAAGCAACAUCGAAGAAUUCAUUUGUGAGAGAAACCACACAAGUGUGGAGAUGUGCCUAGAUCUUUUAGCUCGUCUUGGGUCUGUGACAUGGAGGAAAUGUUGUCAUUCAGGGAUGUGGCCAUUGAUUUCUCUGCAGAGGAGUGGGAAUGCCUGGGCCCCGCUCAGUGGAAUCUGUACAGGGAUGUGAUGUUGGAGAAUUACAGCAACCUUGUGUUCCUGGGACUUGCUUUCUCUAAGCCAUACCUGGUCACAUUUCUAGAGCAAAGACAAGAGCCAACAGAUGUGAAGAGACAAGAUGCUGCCACCAUGCACCCAGAUAUAAAACCAUAUAAAUGUAAGGAAUGUGGCAAAGCCUGUGAUUGGAACUCACUCCCUGAAAACCAGAGAAUUCAUUCAGAUGAGAAAGCCUACAUGUGUGAAGAAUGUGGUGAGACUUCUGACUCUCGUUCAGUACUUUCUGAACAGCAGGUAAUGGAUACAGCAGAGAAAGCCUACAAGUGUGAAGAGUGUGGCAAAGUCGUUUGCACUUGCUCAGGACAUUCUAGCUACCGGGAAAUUUGCAUUGGAGAGAACCCCUACAAGUGUGAAGAGUGUGGCAAAGCCUUUGCUACUCAUUCAUGUCUUACUCAGCACGAAGUAGAACACACUGAACAGAAAUUCUAUAAUUGCGAAGAAUGUGGGAAACUGUUUCGUUGUCCUUCUCACCUUACAGAACAUCAGAGAGUUCAUUCCCAAGAGAAUUCCUUUAAGAUUGAAGUAUGUAGUGAGGGCUUCUGUUCUCCCAUAGAACUUUCUCAAGACCAGACAUUUUGUACUGAAGAGAAGCCCUAUAAGUAUGACGAAUGUGUGAAGGCCUUUAGUGCUUGCUCGGUGCUUUCUCCAGGAGAUGAAGCCUACAAGUGUGAAGACUGUGGCAAUGCCUUUUGUGCACUCCAUUCCGUAUCGAAACACCUGAAAAUUCACUGUGAAGUAAAAUCCUACAAGUGUGAAGAAUGUGGGAAAGCCUUUCCUAGUCAUCUUUCCCUGAUUCAGCAUAAGAUAGGUCAUACUAGAGAGAAACCUUACCAAUGUGAAGAAUGUGGCAAAAUGUUUUACUGUUCUUCAAAUCUUAAGCAACAUCAAAUAACUCAUUCUCAAGAGAAGCCCUACAAGUGUGAAGUGUGUGGCAAGGUCUUUAGAACUUGCUGGCAACUUUCUAAGCACCUGAGAAUCCAUUCUGGAGAGAAACCAUACAAGUGUGAAGAGUGUGGCAAAGCCUUUUAUACUCUCUCAUACCUCACACAGCACAAGUUAGGUCACACUGGGGAGAAACCUUACAAAUGUGAGGAGUGUGGCAAAACCUUUUACUAUCCUUCAGUCCUUAAGGAACACCAAGCAAUCCAUUCUGGACAGAAACCGUACAGAUGCGAUGAAUGUGGCAAAGACUUCUGCACUCGCUCAGGACGUUCCAGACACCAGCGAAUUCAUACUGGAGAGAAACCUUACAAGUGUGAGCAGUGUGGGAAGGCUUUCUCCACUCACUCAUACCUUUCUCAUCACAAGAUAGUUCACACUGGCCAUAAGCCCUACAAGUGUGAGGAAUGUGGCAAAAAGUUUUACUAUCCUUCUCGCCUUAAGGAACAUCAAAGAAUUCACUCUCAAGAGAAUCCCUACAAGUGUGAAAUAUGUGGCAAAGCCUUUUAUACCCACUCAUACUUUAGUCAGCACAAGUUAGGUCACACUGGGGAGAAACCUUACAAAUGUGAGGAGUGUGGCAAAACCUUUUACUACCCUUCAAUCCUUAGGGAACACCAGGCAAUCCAUUCUGGAAAGAAACCGUACAGAUGUGAUGAAUGUGGCAAAGACUUCUGCACUCGCUCAGGACGUUCCAGACACCAGCGAAUUCAUACUGGAGAGAAACCCCACAAGUGUGAGGAGUGCGGAAAGGUCUUCUCCACUCACUCAUACCUUUCUCAGCACAAGGUAGUCCACUCUGGAGAGAAACCUUACAAGUGUGAGGAAUGUGGUAAAAAGUUUUACUAUCCUUCUCGCCUUAAGGAACAUCAAAGAAUUCACUCUCAAGAGAAUCCCUACAAGUGUGAACUAUGUGGCAAUGUCUUUUGUACUCCCAAAGGACUUUCCAAACACCAGAGAUUUCAUACCGGGGAGAAACCCUACAAGUGUGAAGAAUGUGGAAAAAUGUUUUACUAUCCUUCUCGCCUUAAGGAACAUCAAAGAAUUCACUCUCAAGAGAAUCCCUACAAGUGUGAAAUAUGUGGCAAAGCCUUUUAUACUCACUCAUACCUUACACAGCACAAGUUAGGUCACACUGGGGAGAAACCUUACAAAUGUGAGGAGUGUGGCAAAACCUUUUACUACCCUUCAAUCCUUAGGGAACACCAGGCAAUCCAUUCUGGAAAGAAACCGUACAGCUGUGAUGAAUGUGGCAAAGACUUCUGCACUCGCUCAGGACGUUCCAGACACCAGCGAAUUCAUACUGGAGAGAAACCUUACAAGUGUGAGCAGUGUGGGAAGGCUUUCUCCACUCAUUCAUACCUUUCUCAGCACAAGGUAGUCCACUCUGGAGAGAAACCUUACAAGUGUGAGGAAUGUGGUAAAAUGUUUUACUAUCCUUCUCGCCUUAAGGAACAUCAAAGAAUUCACUCUCAAGAGAAUCCCUACAAGUGUGAAGUGUGUGGCAAAGUCUUUAGUGCUCACUUAGAACUUGCUACACACAUGAGUAUUCAUUCUGGAUAAAACCCUGCAGGAGUGAAGGACAUGGAAAAGCUUUUAGCUUAUCAGUCCUUACCUUGGGACAAAUUCCUAGAGAGAAAUCUUAUCCAUAUGAGGAAUGUUGCAAAAUGUGUUCUAUCCUCCGAACCUGAAGGAACACCAACUAACUCAUGCUGGAGGGAAAUCACACAAGUGUGAGGACUACAGGAAAGUUUUGUGCUCACUUAGAACUUUCUGGACAUCAAAAGAAUCAUACUGGUGAGAAAGUCCACAAAUGUGGAAAAGCUUCUUCUAAACUUUUUAACCUUACCCAACACAAGGGAGUUCAUUCUAUUCAGAAACACUAUUCAUGGGAAAAUGCUGGAAAAGUCCUUAAAAAUAUCACAGAGUUCAUUUGCAAGAGAGACCCUACAAGUGUGAGGGAUGUGUCAAAGCCUUUACUUACCAUUCAGGCCCUAUCAAACUCAAAUGAAUCCAUCAUAGAGAGACGUCAAACCCUAGUGAAGAAUGUGACAAGGGCUUUACUAACAAUUCAACACUUUGUAACUUCCAUAAUAUUUAUACUGGGGAGAAACACUACAGAUGUGAACAAAUUGUCAAGGCUUUUAAAAGUUCUUCGUCAGUUAACACAAAUGUAUUGGAACUGAAGAGAGACCUUACAACAGUAAAGUAUAUUAUGAAAGUUUCAUUUAUCAUUCAGCCCUAUGCUAAACGUCAGAGAAUUCACACUUGGGAGAAUCUCUACAAAUGUGCAGAAUAUAGCCAGGUGUUUAGCUGUAAUUUGUCAUUGCAUAAGCAUGAAAGAGUACUCCAGAAAUGCAAAGACUAUGACAAGGCCUUUAGCUGGUUUUCAUACUUUAAUUAUCCUCAGAGACUUCAAACCGGAGAGAAUCUACACAUAAAAAUAAUGUGUCACAGUGUCACACACUUUAAUAAUAUUUCAAAUCUCAGUCAACACCAAAGAAUUUUGUAAACGUCACUGUUUAACUUCACACCUCUGUGUUAAGGGAAUCUCAGCAGUGUGGCUACCUAGAUCUGACUGGCUUAGAGAUGUGUCUAUGGGUCGUUGGAUGGAUGCCCAGUCCUGCCCCUGAGCAGGUGGUCCUGGGUGAAUGAGUAUUGGGGACAAGCAGAAAUCUGAGGGAGCAAGUUAGCAGAAUUCCUCAAUGAUUUCUAUUUUAGUUCCUGUCUCAAAAUUUCCUUCUUGAGCUCUUGCCCUGACUGAACUGGUUGAUUCAUUCCUAAACUGGAAUAAACCCUUUCCUCUCCUAAGUUGUGUUUUAGUCAUGGCAUUUAUCACAGCAACAGGCAUCAAAGUCAGACAGCAAUGGUUAUCAUCAGUCUUCUUACUGGAGAGAAUGUCACAAUGUCUUUUAGAGUGGAGAAUCAGAUCCCUAACCUCAACUAAGAACAUCUGAGUCCUAUAGCAGAGACUUCCCUUGGCUGUAAUCUACAAACCUAUUCUUUUAGACAAUGUAUAUCAAUUGGUUGUUCUAACUAUAAAUGCUUCCAGAAAUUGUUGCCAUGUUGUCAGACUGUACUUGGGUAACCUGAAUCUGAAUUCCUGAGCCAUGAUCUUUAUGGCGACUAUCCCCUUGGGGUUCCCCAAUUGUAAGUAACCCUUCCCCUUUGGUCUGUAAGAAAACCCAAUAAAUUCACUUUUCUCAUCAACUUGGGCUGUGGUGAAAUCCUAGGAUGGUUUGUUAUUGGGUCCCUUUGUAGUGACUAGGCAUUUGUUUGUGUCUAGAGAUAGCUAACAUAACAAUGUCAUUCAUAUAUGGUUCCAAAAUAAAUUAUGUCUCACUCCCUUU